AUGGCCGAAGUAGACGUCGAUCGGUUUUACGAUCGCCUUGACAAGCUACAUUCGCACUUUAUCAAGCACAAAACCUAUUGGGGGAGUGCCAAGAGUUUGUCGCUGCACCGCGGAAACUUGAACGACGAUGAUCCAUACGCCAAGUCGGUAGUCUUGCACCAAUGGCUCUUUGGGUACGAGUUGCCCGACACGAUUUGCGUCUUGACCAACGAUGCCACUCUGAUGGUCUUGGCCACCAAAAAGAAGUGCGAAUUUCUUCGGCCCGUGGUGGGAAAGAAUGACAAGUUUACAGUCCAGCUACUACUAAGAAACAAGGAGGAUGGAAAUGCCGAAAAUUAUCAAAAGCUGCUCGAUAUUUCCCAAAAAGGAGGUGACGCCGAUAAUAAGAAAAUUGGAGCCUUGCUAAAGGAAAGAGAAUACAACAAGUCGAACGGUUCCCUCUUGGGACCCUACGAAGAGUUUUUGGAUAAACAAGAAGAUGUUGAAUUGGUGGACAUUGCACCUGCCUUGACCUUGGUAAUGGCCGCCAAGGAUGAGUUUGAAUGGGAUCUCAUGAAGAAAUCGAGCGUCUUGUCCAACAAGGUCAUGAAACACGGGUUUGUCAAGAGACUCGAAGAAAUCAUUGAAGAAGAAAAGAAAAUUACACACGAAGACUUUGCCACCCAAAUUGAAGCCAUUUUGGAGGAUCCCAACAAGAUCAAGCUAAAUGUUCCGCAAUCGGACGUUGGGUGCUGCUACUUUCCCAUUGUCCAAUCUGGAGGAACCUAUGACCUAAAGGUUUCGGCACAGUCGACCAGCAAGCCAUUGUCACACGAUAUCAUUACCGUAUCCAUGGGUGCCCGAUACAAACUGUAUUGCAGUAACAUUUGCCGAACCUUUUUGGUGGAUCCCCCGAAGGCUGUCUCCUCGAACUACGAAACGUUGUUGGAAAUGCAAGAAGCUUGCAUCAAGGUCAUGCAGGCGGGCAAUCAACUAAAGAUGGUCUACAAGGCGGCAGUCAAGUUCCUCAAGGAAAAUGAUCACGAGGAAUUGAUUGAGAAAUUGCCAAAGAAUCUUGGAUUCUGUCAAGGUUUGGAUUUCCGCGAUUCUACCUUGACGUUGACUGCGAAGAAUAAUACCACCUUCAAGCCAGGAAUGGUCUUUUGUUUGAUUGUUGGAUUUCAAGACUUGGAACUCAAGGAAAAGGAUGUUGAGAACACACCAUCUGCUAGUCCCAUCAAGACAAUCAAAACAUAUGCGCUCCAGGUGGGAGAUAUGGUGAGCAUUUCCAAGGGCAAGUCGGCCGAAGUGUUGACCAAGAUGGGAAAAAGCAUCACCGAUAUUGCCUACAACGUCAAUGAUGAAGAUGAUGGGAGCGAUGACGACGAAUCCAAUGACGAUGAUGAUGAUGAUGAUGGGGACGAGUCUGACCCGGAUGCGGCUCUGGCCAAAAAACUGUCACAACAGCAAGAUGGGGCGUCUGGUAGACGUUCUCGCCGUCUAGCACAGGGAAACACUCAGAAUGCGGAGGCUGCAGAAACUACUGCGGAACGAGAGAGACGGCAGAUUCGACUCAUGAUUCGAAGGAACGAGGAGCGAGUCCGAGAGAUUGCACGAGACAAUGCAAAGAAUAGAGGCAAAAAGGGGGAAGAAGAAAUGGCAGAAGAAUUGGAGACUUACAAAAGUCCAAGAGAUUAUCCAGGGAAUGUACAACCCAAUCAAGUCAAGGUGGAUAUGGUCAACCAAUGUGUCAUCCUUCCCAUCUUUGGAAAUCCAAUUCCCUUUCAUAUCACCACCAUCAAGAAUGUCGUCUUGCCAGAUCCAGACAAUGCAACACUGUUGAGAAUAAAUUUUUACACGGCUGGAAUGGCGGUUGGUAAAGAUGCCCCAGCCAACAUUGCCAAGCUAGUCCAAAAGUAUGCCCCAUAUGCUUCCUUUGUUCGUGAAUUGACAUUCCGAAGUUUGGAUGGUCACAAUCUAGUACAGGCAUUCCGUCAAAUCUCCGAGUUGCGAAAGAGAUCUAGAGCCAGAGAAAUCCAAGAAAUUGAAGAAGCCAACCUUGUCGAACAAGAAAAGCUUGUGCGAACCAAGAAUGAAAGAGUUCCAAGAUUGUCUGACCUCACCAUGCGUCCCGUAUUUGCCGGAAGAAAGACACAAGGAAACUUGGAGGCACACACCAAUGGUUUGCGAUUUAUUUCCACACGAAGAGAAAUCGUUGACAUCAUGUACAACAACAUUAAGUACGCCAUAUUCCAACCAUGUGAAAACGAAAUCAUGGUUCUUAUUCAUUUCCAUUUGAGAAAUCCAAUCAUGGUUGGUAGCAAGAAACACGUCAAUGUCCAAUUCUUUACGGAAGUUGUCGAAUCCAGUCAGGCUGUCGAUAAUGGACGUCGCAGUAUGUACGAUCCCGAUGAGAUGGAUGACGAACAAAGAGAGCGCCAACUCCGAAAGAGACUCAACCAAGCCUUCAAGGAUUUUUGCAAGAAGGUCGAUGCCGUGGCUAAGAAGAAUGGCUAUCGUCUGGAAUUUGAUAUUCCGUAUCGGGAUCUAGGAUUCACUGGAAACCCACACAAGGAGAUGGUGCAACUUCUACCUACACUAAACUGUUUGGUGAACUUGACAGAAACCCCGUUCUUUGUCGUCGAUCUUGACCAUGUGGAUCACGUACACUUUGAGCGUGUCCACUCGAUGAGUAAGGCCUUUGAUGUCAUCCUCAUCAACAAGGAUUUCACCAAGAUGCCCCAACGUAUCGAUAUGAUUCCAAAUGGAGACAAGGAUGGUAUUCAGGACUGGCUGACAGAUAUGGAAAUCACCUAUACCGAAGGUCCAAUGAAUCUGAACUGGAAGCAAAUCCUUAGCGCAGCCAAGGACGACGACCGAUUCUACAUGAGUACUGAAGACGACGAAGUCACUGAGAAGGAUGCUGGCUGGGAGAUUCUUCGAAUGUUUGGGCGGGACGAUGAAGAGGACGACGAUGACGAUGAUGAAGAUUCUGAAUUCGGCCAAGAAAGUCUUCCAUCCGCGGAGGAAGAAGAAUCAGAAGAAGAGAACUUUGACUCUGUGUCUGAAGAAGAGUCUGACUUCGAUGGUGAUGAAGAACUGGAAGAACAAGGAAUGGACUGGGACGAAAUGGAAGUCCAGGCCGCUGCUGACGAUAAGAGAACGCGCCGAACUGGAGGAGAGGAAGUGGUACAGCCACCGACACGAAAGCGUCGGCCAGCCCAACGCAGUUCUGGUGGGGGGCAGAGACGCCCAAGCAGUUCUGGUGGGGGAAAGAGACGCAGACGUUGA